UAGCGGGCGUACGUGCGCCUCCACUUACUUUCUUCAAUUCCCUCAUCCUCGUAAUGGACGCACUCAAGAAUAUGCUGUCCCCACUGGGGGUGGGCAGUGCUAACGCAAUACAAGACACUCUUAAACUUGUUGUCAUUGGUGGGACUGUCGAAACAGCCAGAAGAGCCUCGGCGGGAGCAUGGCAUACAUUCCUUGACUCUUUCUUCUUGACCGCACAUUUCAGCCAGGAAGACUAUCCGUAUGACUGGCUGAUGCACUGGCUUUCGAAGCAACCGGCCUGGGGACGCAGUCGUGAAUUUGAAAUCACUACAAGGACGGUUGGCCGUAAUGGUCUCACGCAGUCAACGACCGGUGACCUAGACGAGGAAGAUGAAGAAGAAGAUGAGGAUGAAGAUGCUCUCGUACACAAACGUCGCAAACGCAAGGUGACGUUCAUACCAAGUAUAGGUAGGGUAAUUGCCACUCACACCAUUUAUUACCGUGGCCAUUGGCUUCGGAUAACCAGGACCAAGCGCUACCCAGACUAUGGUCAUGGCUCGGCCCUGAAGAUUAGUGUGAUCGCUCGCAACAAUGACAUUUUAAAGAAACUCGUUCUUGAGGCGAAGCGCGAGUACGAAAAGGAUGCCGAACAUCGCGUUCAUAUUUUCAUGGCCGAUACGACGUAUGAAUGUUGGCGCUGGAAUGGAGCUCGCCAGAAGCGCCCUAUGAGCUCAAUUGUAUUGCAACCAGGCGUUAAAGAUAUGCUUUUGGCUGAUUGCAAGGACUUCCUGUGUUCUGAGGAUUGGUAUGCUGAAAGAGGUAUACCGUUUCGCCGUGGAUAUCUAUUGCACGGUGUUCCUGGAAGCGGCAAGACUUCCUUGAUACAUUCAUUGGCGGGUGAAUUAGGUUUGGAUAUCUACGUUGUCAGCUUGUCGUCAAAGGGGAUGAGUGAUAAUACGCUGACAACAUUGAUGGGUCAUGUACCAUCCAGAUGUAUUUUGCUUCUUGAAGAUCUGGACGCCGCGUUCACGCGCUCCGUCAGUCGUGAUGCAUCAUCAACCGGCGCUCCCACAGCAUCUAACACCAGUAGCACUGCGAAUGAGACUAACGAUGGAUCAACAUUGAGCUUGAGUGGACUUUUAAACAGCCUCGAUGGUGUCGCCGCUGCAGAAGGCCGACUCCUUUUUGCUACGACCAACCAUAUUGAGCGCCUUGAUCCAGCUCUGAGCCGUCCAGGCCGCAUGGAUGUCUGGGUGAACUUCACACAUGCGACGAAAUGGCAAGCUGAAGGCAUUUUCAAAUGCUUCUUCCCCUCCAAGCCCGCUGGUGGUGCUGCCAGUGCAUCUCCAUCUGAAGAGUUGUCCCAGAACGUUGACGCCUCCCAGAAAAACCUCCCCCUGCUAAAGCGAAAGACGCCUAGUCACACUAUUCCUGUGCUUGAUGAGACUGAGAUUUCUGAGCUUGCUAAGCGUUUCGCAGAUGCUAUCCCUGAGAAUGAGCUAAGCGUUGCUGCGCUUCAAGGUUACUUGUUAAAGAACAAGGUCCGCCCACGCGAAUGCGUUGAUGAAGUUGCGCAGUGGGUCGUUGAGGAACGCGAGACGCGUGAGAAGCUCAAGAAAGAAAAGGCGGAACGCGAGGCGAAGGAGAAGGAGGAAGCCGAGGAGAAAGAGCGUAAGGAGAAAGAAGAGCAGGCUGUCAAGGAGGUAAUGCCUUUCUGUACUUGAUUAUGCGCGUCCUGAUGGUGAGACAAUUCUAAAGCAAGAAGACAAGGAGGUCAAAGAGAAGCUUGGGGGGGAAGAGCGUG